CCAGGAGGCGGUCACUGGAUCUGAGCUUGGGGGUCUGAGGCGGGCGAGGGGCCAUGAGGACAACAAGGGAGUCUAGAGCCCGCUGCCCGGCCCUCCUCCCUCGCACAGCGGCGACUCGGCGGCCGCUGGAGUAACCGCUGCCUUUGUUCCGAGCGCCUGUCCCUCCCGUCGCGCUAGCCUCCCACUCCGCCGCGCUCCGGCCGGCCCGCCCUCGGUCCCCGAACCCCCAUUCGGCUCGUGCCGCGCGGAUGCGGCUGACGGGCCUGGGUUUGGGCUUUGAGCUGGAGGAGGAGGAGGAGGAGCGGCGGCACCUGGGCGGCAUGCAAUGGGGAACUGCUGCUGGACGCAGUGCUGCGGACUCCUCCGCAGGGAAGCUGGGCGGCUGCAGCGAGUAGGCGGAGGCGGAGGAUCCAAGUAUUUUAGAACAUGCUCAAGAGGUGAGCACUUAACUAUAGAGUUUGAGAAUCUAGUAGAAAGUGAUGAAGGGGAAAGCCCAGGAAGCAAUCAUAGGCCUCUUACUGAGGAAGAAAUUGUUGACCUAAGAGAGAAGCAUUAUGAUUCUAUUGUUGAAAAACAGAAAGAUCUUGAUAUGAAAAUCCAAAAAGAGUUAGCCUUACAAGAAGAGAAGUUAAGACUAGAAGAAGAAGCUUUAUACGCUGCACAGCGUGAAGCAGCCAGGGCAGCAAAGCAGCGAAAGCUCUUGGAGCAAGAAAGACAGAGAGUUUUGCAGCAAUACCAUCCUUCAAACAAUGGAGAAUAUCAAAGUUCAGAACCAGAAGAUGACUUUGAAUCUUGUUUGAGAAAUAUAAAGUCACAGUAUGAAGUUUUUCGAAGUAGUAGACUCUCAUCAGAUGCCACAGUUUUGACACCAAAUACAGAAAGCAGUUGUGAUUUAAUGACCAAAACUAAAUCAACUAGUGGAAAUGAUGACAGCACAUCUUUAGAUCUAGAAUGGGAAGAUGAAGAAGGAAUGAAUCGAACGCUUCCAAUGAGAGAACGUUCCAAAACAGAGGAAGACAUUCUCCAGGCAGCACUUAAGUAUAGCAGCAAGAAGACUGGAAGUAAUCCUACAUCAGCCUCUGAUGAUUCCAACGGGCUGGAAUGGGAGAAUGAUUUUGUUAGUGCCGAAAUGGAUGAUAAUGGCAAUUCCGAGUAUUCUGGAUUUGUAAAUCCUGUAUUAGAACUGUCUGAUUCUGGCCUAAAGCAAUAUGAUGUGGAUCAACAAAAACGGUAGGGAAAAAUUGUGUGAUCUUGUUUAUCACUUAUGACCAAAUGUUUAAAACCAACUAGAAUGUAUAAAUGGUUGUGCUGAGCCUUUUUGUAAGAGGGGAAGUAAGAAACAUGUUAUAAAUGCUUAUUAGAAAGGAAUAGGAAUGAUAGGUUAUAUCUGAAUUGCUUCAGAAUUAAGUGCAAUUUCAUCAUCUGCCUUCUGCUUUUCAAAAACAAUUUAAUGGUUCUGUCAUGUUAUUAAUUAAAUUUCUUUAACUCUUUUCUUCAUAGCAAUCCUGUUUACUGUUUGUAGAUUUUCAGCUUUUAAAAUAGUUUUAUUAAUUUCACCUUGAAUGCUUUCUUAACUCUGUUUUAGUAGCUAACUGCGAAAAUAUUAAGGCAUUAUGUGUUAAUUCUCAGCAGAUGUGAAGGGAGCAUGAGGAGGGACUGCCAGAUUCAGAUUCAGAAUAGUGUUCCCUUUUCCAGCAUCAUUUAUUCCUGUGACUUACUUAAAUUUUAUUAUGUGAUAGUAAGCACAAUUAAUUUGAGUAGAUGACCCGAAAGAAAGGCCGAAGUAUCAGUUUCUUUCUACACUUGUUGCAUAUCCUACUAUAAUAAUGUUGACUCAAUCUGAACAAAGUAUAUGAUAUGUUAAAAUAAUCUUUCAGAGUUUGGACACUUAAAGUGAGUAAUCAAAAGAUAUUUAAGAAAAUAUAUAUACUUAGGUUGUUCACUUCCUUUUCUGUGCCACUAUAAAUGAAUAUUGACUUUAAUUGAUAAUAGUAAAUUUCUAGCUGUCAUUUUUUAAAAUUCUGUACUUCCAAUGAAUGGUCUUGAAAGAUUUUACACAGAACAUAUUCUCUGUGCAUGAUUUAUUAAGAAAGGAAAACCUGAAAAAGGUAAUACGGGUAUUUCAAAGUAAAUAAAAUCCUUUCUGGUAUGAAAGAAUCCAUUGAUUUUAUUAAGCUUUCCCUUGCCUUGUAAUACACGGUGCUGUAAUGGGAUGGAACUAAGUAAAUCAAUAUAUAUAACUGAAUUUUACGAUAUCCGGUUAACUUUUCUUUUCUCUAAAGUUUAUGUAUCAAUUUAAAAGGCCAAGGAUAUAAGGCACUCCCUGAUUGCUUGUCUUGGUUUUGCUGAGGAUUGAAUAUGACUUUAGUAAGCAAACUGUUUUUCAAUUUUUCCUUAGUGUUUUUUUUUCUUUUUCUUGCAACAAUGACAGUGCAUGUUCUCGAAAAUAUAGGAAGGUCCAGAUAUAAAUAGUAACUUAAAGUUCUUGCUAUACUUUAAAAAUAUCAUGUGGCCCUUUCAAUAUUUGAACUGUUGGGCAAUGACAUCUAUAGUUUUGUCACCUUUUUUUAUCUCAUAGAAAUAAAUAUGACACUUUAAAUAUGUAAAUAUAUUAGGUAAUGCUAUUAUUUAUGUCUCAACAUAAUUUAAGUUGUAGCUAUGUCAUUGGAAAUAUUUUAAAGAUAAUCUAUAUUCACGUUGCCUGUGUUAUGCUUUUUAAAGUUUGUAUACAUCAGAUGUAUAUUUUUGGUUUGGCAUAAGCUACUAUUGUAAUUUUUCUUGGCAUUUUGUUCAUAAAGAAUUUUUUGAAGGAAUGGUAACUUCUCAAAGAUUGUGAAUAAACACAUUUUUACAUUU